AUGUCCUCGAGUGUUUCACAGGGUAGCCAUCACUCACCUUCUUCACCGAGGAUUGUUGCUAAGAGUAAAUCGACUUCUCCUCGUGCUUCUGCUCAACAACACCAACAUGAAGCACAAUCUUCAAGGAUGCCAUCAAGUCCGGACAAGAAAGGUAAAAGGCCAAGAACACCUUCUCCAGAACGUGUUCUUUCUCCUGCCCGUUCUUCGCCACAUAAUCAACAGCCAAAGAGUACGGUAAAGUUGUUCGGAAAAGUAAUUCAAGAAGGAACACCUUCCAGAUCACCUUCACCAAAACGUCAACAAACUUCCGGCAAUUCUCCAACGCUUAGAUUGUUUGGAAAAGAUAUUUCGCCUCCUGCUUCCGGCACAUCUCAACAUCAUAAGUCAAGCGGCGGUGCUUCUUUGUUUGGAGUUGAUUUACACAAAGAAGCCGCAAAAGGAAAGCAAAAUUUGCAACUCGGUAUGUCAACAAGUACAAGUCCUACUAAAGGUCAUAAUGGCGGUUCACCAAGUCGAGUUCACGGUACUUCAUCCAUUAAGAGUCCGGUGAUUCAUUUGGAUUCUGACUCUGAAGGUGGAAAAAGUGGCAGUGCUGGCGGUUCACGUCCUGUACGAAGAAGUGAAUCACCAUUCCCAGCACGACAAAGAGGUGAUACACCUGAAAGUCAAAAGACCGAUGCAAGUUUUUCCUAUAGUGAAGAUAGUGGGUUUGGUGCAAAGUCUGCCCUUUCACGUAGAAUGCCGACGCAAAUGAAAGGUCAAUUUACUACAAAGCCACAAAGGCAUGCAAAAUCUGCUCGAGGGUGA